AUGUACGCGUUGGAGGUUAGUUUCAUCCAGGAUUAUAUAAUCAAUGUCAUAAAAAUCUAAUUUUCAGAAGAUCACAUCUUUCUUUUCUUCUCGCAAAAGAAAGACGAAGUCCUUUCCCAGUUUGGUGGCUAAGAAACAACGUCAAUCUACGGAGUCUUCUGCUGAAUGUAUGUUUUUAAAUCAGUUCGGCAUGUGUAAUAUAAGGGUUGUUAAUUUGACGGAUUUUUUUUCAAAUUGGCGUCAACUUGACGUCAAAAUUCGUGAAAUUUCCGUCAUUUUUGUCACUUUGGCUAAAUUGAAAAUUCCGAUAUACGAAGCUUUCAAACGCGAGUUUAACAUAGACUAUGAUGAGCACCGUUAAUAUUAGGCGUAACCAGAGAUUGCCACGGUCAAAAUUUUGACUCCGGCUCUUAGCUCCCAGAGCCGGAGCCGAUGCCAAAUUUGCAGCUCCGGCUCUUGGCUCCGUGCAAAAUUUAAAAAGGCCUCCGGCUCCGAAUCCCGGCUCCUAUGCAAAACGUUUUUUAAAAAUAUUUUUCCAAAAAUAAAAAAGUUAUUAGUGCCAGAGAUCAUACAGCCAACGUUUUUGCAGUCAAGUCACAUCCUCCGCAGUGUUUUUCAAGCAAUUUGGUUUAACAAGAUCACGAAAUUUUUACUUUUUUGACCACUGGGAAGCCUGGCUCCGACUUUGGGCUCGGGAGCCGGAGCGGACCCCAAAAUUUCCGGCUCCGGCUCCGGAGCCGUGGCAAUCUCUGGUCGUAACUGAUUUUACUGCUUGUUUCAUCGGACAUGAAGGGGGAAUUUAGUCCCUAAAAUUUUUUAAUUUCUAGGAUUUUUGAGUAAAAUCUUACAAAAAUAUUCCAAAAAGUACAGUUUGACAAUAAAAUGACAAGAAUUGGACAACAUGACUGACGCGUCAAGUUGAUGACUUAACAAUCCAAAUAAUAUAAUUUUAGUUACAAAGCCGCCGGUCUCUUCCUUCGGUAUACUGCAAUUACCUCGAGAAACCCUUUGGCACAUCUUUGAACACAUGGAUCUUACCAGUUUGAUCCGGUUUCAGCAAGUAUCAAGUCAGUCCAAAUAUGAUGUGAUAAGGUUUCUGAAGAGGACAUCACAGAUUCCAAAGUUUGCAAAGUGGUUUUCGGAAUUCAGAUCAAAUGUGGAGACUUCGAAGAUGUGCCAGUUUAUGAGUAAGUUUUUGAAUAGAAUAUUGGAUGAGGAAGGUCUUUUUAGUGAAGGCAGUAUUCAUGGAUGAAUUCAGUAUUUUCCACUAUCAAAGUGCUCUGAACUGGCUGAAGGCUGCUUACCCAUUCCGAGACGUUCUCCCUCUUCCGAUGAUGUUGGAAACGGUAGGUUGCUCUGUCUUUAUGGUAAAUCUGGUUUACGAUUUUAGUUUAUGUUCGGAAUCUCCACAGAAUACCGUAUCCUUCUUAUUCGUGGCCUUACCGAAGCUUUCUUCAAAGAAGAUAUGAGUUCUUAUAUCAAGAUUCGACUAGAAGAUUCGACGAGAUACACGGAGUUGGAGUCGGAGAUGUACCUCAGGUUCAGGGAGACCAUGUAUAAUGUGCAGAUGGAGAAUAAUACCAAGGCGUUGGUAUUUUCGACUUUCCUCAGAUAUUUUGCGAGUCUUUGGACCGCAAGAGUUGAAUAUAUCUGUGUUAUGGCGCUGUUCGGACCGAGGAAAGUGUCGGGAGAGAAGAGUAAGUUAUUGUUUGUUUAUGAAGCGUGAGUUACUUUAUAUUGUUAUAGUGGCGAUAAAUUUCGAAGAAAUUGAAGAUGGACAUCUCGCCCCAACGGAACUCCGUGGGAUCUCUGAAUUCUUUCGUAUUUUGCCGUCUCUUGAAUCCACUGAUGUACCCAGGAUAAUCAGAUGGUCAAAAAGAGCUUGCUUUGCUUUAUUGGAGGAUUUAACAAGUAAUUUACGGGAGAUUACAACAUCUCUGACUUUCUUUCAGCGUCUCCAAUGUGGUCCAUGCAGAACUUUGUGACUCUUCUUAUCCUCCAACCCUAUCUCGCACUGAUUACGAUUACUGUCAGAGUGGACUCCGGGAUGAUCGCCGAAGCCGCUUCGGUCUUCUUUUAUAUCUUGAGAGUAGGCUUGAUACUUUUCUAGUUUAUAUUUUGUGUGUGCAUGUAGAAGUUGCAGAAAUGUUACUUUCAGUGGCUGUAUCCGUCCAAUAAUAAGAUCCGUUUCGCUGAAUAUAUCCUCAACCACAUAUCGGCCGAUGAAGCCCGAGAGUUCUUCAUCCACUUCCGCCAACAAUCGGUCGAUUAUCUAAAUGAGUAUCGGAGGAUCCAGAGAGAUGAACAGGUGGAAACCAUCAGAGAGGCUGUGGUUCAGGCUUAUUUUACUGUUUUCGGAUUCGAUCCCGAGAAGGAUCACUAA